AUGGUUCAUCCGGCAAUAUUGGUCCACCUCCAUGUCACCUUUGCCGCCGCUAUCAAGUCCGUUGCACGUCAGAACACCCGUCCAGCUGCACUGCCUAUAUGGGUGAUCCGCCACUACUGGUCAGCCUUCACUUCACCUUUGCCGCUGCUAGCUUGUCCGUUGCACCUCCGAGACCCCGUGUAUCUGCGCUGCCUAUAUGGUUCAUCCGGCAAUAUUGGUCCGCCUCCAUGUCACCUUUGCCGCCGCUAUCAAGUCCGUUGCACGUCCG